AUCUUUUCACAAAAGGAUAUUUAGUUAACUAUUAAAACAAAUAAGUAGGAUUUGAAAUAGUGUAUAACAUAAGUCGAACAAUAAAAUUAGGUUUUGUAAGAAAUUGUGUGGAAUUGUGAUUCUUAAAAUGUUUUAAUUAUUUACGAUAUUUUAGAAGAUGGUUUCAAGAAUACAAGUAUUGAAGUAUGUUGGUUUUGUGGUUGGCCUGGCAGCAAAGUUUGUAACAGGAUCUAUUUUUGUAUUUAACGCAUAUCAAGAUGCAAUCAAGACAAAUUUCAACUACACUCAAACUGAAGUUGAGUUAUUAGCAUCUAUGCUGAACGUAGGUCUUGGAAUUGGAUUUGUUCCUGGUAUAUUUUACGACAGAUUUGGUCCCACGCUGACAUCUGGAGCUGGUCUGAUUGUUUCGGUUCCUGUGUAUCUGCUUAUUUGGAGUACAGUGAAAUAUACUGAGUUUUACAGCAAACGUAUUUGGCUAAUGGCUAUAUAUUUUUUCUUAGCAGGAUUCGGGUCUGUAUUCACCUACAUGGUAGCAUUGAAUACGAACGUAAUCAACUUCAGUUCGAAACACACGGGGAAAAUUGUCGGUUUUUUAAAUGCUUUCUUUGCCGGAAGUCCGUCAGUUUUUGCCACAGUUUACUACAAUCUCUUUACUACUGGAGAUUCGACUAUUGCAGAAAAUCAGGAUUUUGCAGGAUUCAUGUUGUUUUUUGCUAUAUUGUACGGCAUUGUUAAUAUUUUCUGUAUGAUUUUCCUUCGAAUUUACAAAGAUGAUGUAAAAGAUGAAGAUGUUUUCAUAACAUCUUAUAAAGAUAAGAACGGGAUAGUUUUAGAUGAAUUAACAGUAGCUGUUAAUGGAAAUUCUAAACAUCAUGGAGAUAUGGAAGAAACAGAUUCCGACCCCGGCACAAACAGCCAACCAUAUUCAAUGAAACAAUUAAUGUGUAAUUUAAACUAUCAUUUAUUUAUCUGGAUGUUCGCGUGUGCAUCAUGUGUUGGUGUGGUCUAUGCAACAAACCUGACCGUGACGUCAAAAUCGGUACACUUAGACAAGUACAAUGAUAAACUUACAAUAAUUAUUCCCAUCACUAAUGCAAUUGUAAGUGCUAGUAUAGGAAUAGUUUCAGAUAUAUUUAAAGAGAAAGUUCCUAGGUUAGGUAUAGUUAUUAUAGGAUGUGGUGCAUUUAGCAUUUCUCUUGUAAUUGUUUUGUUGUUUGCGGAUAAAUAUCCACUGUUCAUUGUAGCCACGGUAUUUACUGGUAUUGGGGUAGGUAUAAUAUGGAGUUUAUGCCCAACAAUUAUGAAAGAAUUGUUUUCAGUGGAACAUCUUGGAAGAAACUGGGGCACAUGUUUGCUUCUCUCCGCAAUUGUUUCGUUUGGUGCACAAGAAGUAUUUGGCCUUCUGUAUGAUGAGCACGUACCAGAAGACAUGCGGAAUAGCUGUUAUGGAAUGAAUUGUGUUCAGGAAGGGUACGGAGUAUUUGUUGGGGUGUCGGUUGUGGGUUUAAUUUUAGGUGCUAUUAUCUUGAUACGCAAAAGGUGUUGUAAGCGUUUGUCUGCAACAGAUAAAAUGGCUUGAAUGCAGUCUGUAAAGCAUAAACGUUCAGAAAAAAGGAAAGCUAGCUAAUCUUUUUUUACGCUUGUUUGAAAAACGGGUUAAAUUACAGCCCCCCCCCCCCGAUGGGC